GGAAGGAGGGCUGGUGACACAGAGCUGGCACAGUGAGAGAGACGCACAUUGUACUUUGUGCCGUGAAGAAGGAAGCGCGCGGCUCCUCUCCUCCACAUCUCACUUUCCAAACACGGACGGGGAGAAAGCAAAGAAGCCAGGAUGUAGAAUCAGUUAGAGGAUGUCCUCAGAUCCUGCUGCUACAGACCGUUUCUUCUAACUCUUGUGGAGACAGACUCUGGUUAAAUCUGCUUCUUUUUUUUUUGGUCAUUUUUAUUUUUUCAAUUUUUUUUUAUUUUUUAUUUUGGCGCUCAGCUCGGUGUUAGGAGUCUCUCGACCGACCGAGGAGGAGAGGUGCUUGCUCGCUGCUUCAUCCCGCUUGAUGGAUCCGAGCUCCUCUUCGCUCACGUGUAACUGAGGACUCAGUCUUCAUAGAAACUCUUCAGUUUCUGUUUGGAAGCGCUGGGAGUGUGUUCCCUCCUCCACUUUUAUCGAUGCCAGUUCAUUUUGAGGCGAGUCGGGUCUGAAUGUGAGGACGACUUGCUUUGAAGACUGCUUCACAAUGGCAACAGGAGUAGCAGCAUGGCUUCCUUUCGCUAGGGCAGCAGCCAUUGGCUGGAUGCCUGUUGCCAACUGCCCCAUGCCUGUUGCCCCGAGAGACAACAGUAAGAGACAGGACGAGCUGAUCAUCCUCAAUGUCAGUGGCCGUCGUUUUCAGACCUGGAGAACCACUCUGGACCGCUACCCAGACACCCUACUGGGCAGCUCUGAAAAAGACUUCUUUUACAAUGAGGAAACCAAGGAGUACUUCUUUGACCGGGACCCUGACGCCUUCAGAAGCAUCCUCAACUUCUACCGGACGGGGAAGCUCCACUACCCCCGUCACGAGUGCAUCUCAGCCUACGAUGAGGAGCUCACCUUCUUUGGCAUCAUCCCUGAGAUCAUCGGUGAUUGCUGCUACGAAGAGUACAAGGACAGAAAGAGGGAGAAUUUAGAGCGGCUGCAGGAUGAUCAGGAGGAGAACAAGGACAUGAAGCUGCCCAACAUGAACUUCAGGGAGACCAUGUGGCGAGCCUUUGAGAACCCCCACACCUCCACCAUGGCCCUAGUCUUCUACUAUGUCACUGGUUUCUUCAUCGCCAUCUCAGUCAUCACUAAUGUGGUGGAGACGGUGCCGUGUGGUUCCACUGCCAACCAGAAAGACAUGCCAUGUGGCGAGCGCUACACCGUGGCGUUCUUUUGCAUGGACACCGCCUGCGUCAUGAUAUUCACAGUGGAGUACCUGAUGCGCUUGUUCGCUGCGCCUAGCCGUUACCGUUUCAUGCGCUCUGUGAUGAGCAUCAUCGACGUGGUGGCCAUCUUGCCGUACUACAUCGGCCUGGUGAUGACCAACAACGAGGAUGUGAGCGGCGCCUUUGUGACGCUGCGAGUGUUUCGAGUGUUUCGCAUCUUCAAGUUCUCCCGUCACUCGCAAGGCCUUCGGAUCCUGGGUUAUACACUGAAGAGCUGCGCUUCAGAGCUGGGCUUCCUCCUCUUCUCUCUCACCAUGGCCAUCAUCAUCUUCGCCACGGUCAUGUUCUACGCAGAGAAGGGCUCCAGCUCCAGCAAGUUCACCAGCAUCCCAGCCUCUUUCUGGUACACCAUUGUCACCAUGACGACGCUGGGGUACGGAGACAUGGUGCCAAAGACGAUCGCUGGAAAGAUCUUCGGCUCCAUCUGCUCUCUGAGUGGUGUGCUGGUGAUCGCCCUGCCCGUCCCCGUCAUCGUCUCCAACUUCAGCCGCAUCUACCACCAGAACCAGAGAGCAGACAAACGCCGUGCUCAGAAGAAAGCCAGACUGGCCAGGAUAAGAAUAGCCAAGUCCGGCAGCGCCAACGCCUUCCUCCAGAGCAAACGCAACGGAGUGCUCAACGAACUGCUGGAGCUGAAGGGUACAGAGGAGGAUGAGCAGAAGCUGAACAAGCCCAUUUCUCUGUUGGAGAGCCAACACCACCACCUACUGCACUGUCUGGAGAAAACCACUGCUCUUCCUACUCCCUGUUUUUCCUUCAUCCAUCAUCCUCUCUCCUCUCUCCAGGCUCAUGAGUUUGUGGACGAGCAGCUGUACGAGCAGAACUGUUUAGAAACAGCGCUGCAGACCUACCCCUCACGUAGCCCCUCUAUAUCCAGCCACAACAGUGCUGUGGGUACCUGCUGUGGCCGCAGAGUUAAAGGGAACACUCCUCUGCCCAAUGCCAGCACGCCCUCCGCCCAUCCCAUCCCAACACACCAGGGCCCCCUGCAGGAGCUCAGCGCCAUCCACAUACAAUGUGGUGACCUCCCAUCCCACACCGCCAGUCGAUCAAACCUCAACCUGAAAACCGACGACAGCGGCAGGAUCAACUGCAAAGGUGGCCGAAUCACCACAGCAAUCAUCAGCCUCCCGACGCCCCCCGCUUUGACCCCUGAUGGCGACGGCCUCCAUGGGCCACCGCAGAGGAGGCCUCCCCCACCCCCGGGUCUCCCGGCACCCCCGGGUCUCCCGGCACCCCCGAGCAUCCAGACCACAACGAGCUCAGCUGGCACCAAUAUCGUCAAAGUCUCUGCUCUGUGACUCUCUAGGUGACGAUGCAGGUCAGCACAGCGGGAGAAGUAGUAAAGAAGAAGAAAAUGAAGAGGAGGAGUAGGAUGGACAAUGAUGGACGCACCACAUCCUGUCUCACAGGGUCAACAGGAAGAGCACUGUACUCCAGAAGAGUCACCAGUUGAUGUUUAAGAGAAGACAGAUGAUGUGGAGACAUUACUGAGGUAGAGGAUUGUAGAUAUGUGAACCGAGAAUCACGCACUCGUCUUGUCGUGUAUGUACAGUAGAUACGGACAAAAUCGCUGCAUUUCUAAUAGUUUCUAACAGCAGUACAGAUGUUUUACAGCAAGUACUGUGAAAAAGAUUGAAAGACAUUGUGCAAUUAGCAUAUUCGUACAUCAGCAGAUGCUGUCAACAUGCCACAAAUUCACAGUAAAUUUAAAGUGAAUUCCCGGUGAAAUAGUGAAAGGAGUAUUUUGUUGACUUUAAAUGUGUUUGAAGAAAGACAAAGAAGUGUUGACUGUGUUUACUUGAAUUUGAUUGGUCUUGUUUGUGUUAUGUGUUGUUUGUCUUAAGUAUUUUGCGGAAAAAAAGAGAAAUUGAAAACAGUUUUAGUUUUCUUUACAGCAUCAUUUGAAAAGUCACAACAUCCGAUGCUAAUAGUUUGAAGUGUCUGAAACUGAAAAGAGUGGGGGGUUUUUCUUUGUUUUUGUAGGAAAAUUGUCUCUGUUCAUCAUGUCAAAGACUCAAGCCAAACUGUGCUGUUUAGUUCCUUCAUGUUUCAAUUUCUCACUAGAGAUUGACUGCAGGGAGUGAGGCUGACCUGACACUGUCCUUAUGACUUUAUAGGUUUUCAUACUGAGGUGAAACAAGACAGUGGUUCUCAACCUGAUGGUCAAAACCCCUGAAAUGGCCACAAAAUGACUUUCAAGUCAAGGUUUGAUAUUUUCAUUGAAGGAUAAGGCCAUUUCAUUUCCUUAUUCUACAUUUUUCCUAUUGUCAGCAAAUCAUAUGAAAAGACCAGAUCUUUGUGAUUGCUUCACAAAUUCAUAGUUAAAAUUUUUUUAAGUGAUUCCCUGUAACAGCUGGACACUGUAGUUUUUAGCAAACAUAUGUAAAACAAGAGUAAGUACUGUAUUUCUUGGGGACUAUUUUCAGAUGGGGAUUCAUAGAAAACCAGUGCUCAUGUUUAUCAAGGUGAAGGAACAUGUCACAGUGCAAUGGUGUAGUUCAAUUACACAUUGACAAUGUUAUAGUAAUGGAAUGAAUACUUUUAACAGACAGCUUUAUAAAGUGUCAAAACAGAUGCAGCAGAACCAGAGAUUAUUUGAUGGAGAUUCAUGGAACAGAGAACUCAGCAAUAUCAGGCUGUACUUACACAGACAAUGCGUGUUAGUUGGAUAAAUUCACUGUUGGUUUUGGUUUUAGGAUUUGUUGACAAUAAGGAAAACUACCAAUCGCCUUAUCCUUUAAAGAAAUUAAAUACUCACAGUAUUUUUACUAUAUGAAUAUACAAGCCUAUUUAUAUGAAUGUAAUUUGUUGCUUUUUGCUCGGUGGAAAAAUAAAAAGCUGUCAUUCUUAAUGCUUCCUCCACUCACCAACUAUUGUAGGCUGAGAAAGAAAAUGAAAAAAUGAAAUUACAAUGUGUAUAUUCCUCUUGAGCACGAGUAGGCAUUUUAGGUACUGAGUGCCAAAAAGGUUGAGUGCCACUGUGACAUCAAACAAUCGUCUGGAGUGUUACAGGAACAGGGCCAAUUCAGUGUUCAAUUCUACUAAAGCUGUAACUAAAAACCUAAACUGAAACAUGAUAAUCAAAAUGUUUUAAAAUGGAGGGGAAAUGGUUAAAUAUGCACUGAACUGGAUGGAGAAUCACCAUCUCACUUUCCUGUGUUUUUACCUUUGGAUCAGCUUUAAGAAAGCAGAAAAAUAAACUGAUCAAUACAA